AAAAUGAAGUCUUGAAGGAAUGUGCAUGGUGCAUGUUGAAGGAAAGAUUAUGACAUCAUUCGUAUGUGAUGUCAGGGUACUAAUGAAUUGGGUUUACGGUCGAGAAUUUCUGAGUGGUUUACUAACCCAUUUUGAAAGCAAAUUCUUGGCCGGCCUUGAGCAAGGAGACAAUGGGCAAAGAGACACAUCCACCAGUAAAUUAUAGACUAGGAUGCAUAAUGUAUUCACAUAGACACAGCAUACACCAACGCACGCUCACCCUUCUUCGAUCAUUUAUAGUUUUAUACUAAUAUAACCUUCACCUAAACAUAAACAAAAUGCAACAUACCCCAUUCUGAACAAAACACAGAGGCAAAGCCCGACCACGUAUGCUUAAUUAAGUCCUUAUUGAGUCUGUAUUAGAAAGGCCCCCAAUAAAGUAUCUUAAUUCUUGUAUAAGCAAACCAACUAUGCUCAAGAGGAUGAUGAUGAGAGAAAUGUGGUUGUGGCCUCAACUGGGCUCAGUGCUGGCAAGUAUGAUGUUUGCGUAUGCCAUGUUUAACCGAUACUUUCCUUAUCAACUUCCGAGCCAUAUUCAAAGAUAUACCUUAAAAUGGUUUGGGUGUGUGUACCCUUGCAUCCAAAUUUCCUUUGAUGAAUAUGGCGGCGAGUUGCACAAGCGCAGUGACAUGUUCACUUCCAUCCAAAGCUACCUCAGCACCAAGUCAUCUACAGAAGCAAAACGGCUCAAAGCAAAAGAAGUCAAGGGUAGCAAGUCUCUAGUCCUUGUCAUGGAUGACAAUGAAGAGGUGACUGAUGAAUUCCAAGGCAUUAAGCUCUGGUGGGCUUCCAGGAAAAGCGCACCAAGGCAAUCUUCAUCAUUUCCUUUCUAUACUCAGUCUGAUGAGAAGAGACGUUAUAAGCUCACAUUCCAUAGACGCCACAGGGACAUAGUCACAGGGUCUUACCUCGACCAAGUGAGAAAAGAAGGGAAGGCAACAGCAGUGAGUCAUAGGCAAAGGAAGCUUUACAUUAACAAUCCUGUUUCUGGAUACAAAACGAGGAAAUGGAGCUCCGUAGCCUUUGAUCACCCUGCAACAUUUGAGAGAUAGCAAUGGAGCCAGAAAAGAAAGAGGAAAUCAUCAAUGACCUCAUGAAGUUCAGCAACGGGAAGGAGUACUAUUAUCAGAAUCAUCUUUCUUUGUCUUAAAAGAUUUAAGGGUAUACAAAUCUUCUGUAAUUUUCAUUAUCAAUCAAUACAAUUCUCUCCAGAUAAUUUUUUUUUAAAUAAAUACAAGAAUUAUAUAGUAAUUUAGCUAACCACAAAUAUCUUAUCUUCUCUCUUUGAUUCAGACCUCACAUUUUCACUUCUAUGACAGAGAGCUCUAUGACUUGAGAUGGAUACUCAUCAACACAAAAAAACAGAACCAUAGCAAAGUAGA